AUUCCUUCAGUCAGUCUUUCUCAGUGACUCGUGACAGAAACAAUGGAGUCUCUUAGCUGUCCCAUCUGUCUGGAACAUCUGAAGGAGCCAGUCACCACUGCCUGUGGACAUAGUUACUGUAUGGACUGUAUUGAGGGCUGCUGGGACCAAGAUGAGGCUAAAGGUGUGUACAGAUGCCCCCAGUGUAGACAGACCUUCAUCCCAAGACCUGUUCUGAUGAAGAACAUCAUGCUGGCUGAUGUAGUGGAGAACCUGAAGAAGACAGGACUACAAGUGUCUCCUUCUGCUCACUAUUAUGCCGGACCUGGAGAUGUAGCAUGUGAUGUCUGCACUGGGAGAAGGUUUACAGCUGUCAAGACCUGUCUGGGGUGUCUGGCCUCUUACUGCAACACCCAUCUUCAGCCUCACUGCCAAUCUGAGGAACUAAAGAUGCACAAGUUGGUCGACAUGUCAACAGAACUGCAGGACAAGGUCUGCUCUCAUCCAGAAAGCCAGCCGGAGGUUAUCUGCCAGACCGAUCAGCAGUGUCUCUGUUAUCUGUGCACCAUGGAGGAACAUACAGGCCACGAGAGAGUGUCAUCUGAAACAAAGAAGGCUGACAAACAGAAACAGCUGGGUUUGAAACAGGGGAAGUUGCACUACCAGCAGAGGAUCCAGGAGAGCGAAAGGAAGCUGAUGGAGUUGAAACAGACUAUGACCAUUAUCACAGACUUCACACAAUCAGCUGUGGAGGACAGUGAGAAGAUCUUUGCUGAGAUGAUCUGCUCCAUGGAGAGAAGACGCUCCGAGGUGAAGGACAUGAUCAGAGCCCAGGAGAACGCUGCUGCCAGACGGACUGAGGGACUCCAGAAGAUCCUGGAGCAGGAGAUAGCGGAACUGAUGAGGAGGAGAGACGCUGAGUUGGACCAGCUGUCAUCCACUGAAGAGCACAUUCCUUUCCUCCAGACUGCUCAGUCUCUUGGUGACCUGGUUGAUCCCAAAGGUCUAUGCAGUCCCCUCAUUAGCUCUGCUCUGGGGUUUGAUGAUCUGAAGAGGAAAAUCACUGAGCUCAAGAAAAGACUGGAUCACAUCUGUCAAGAAGAGGUGGAGAAGAUGUCCUGUUCAGCCAUUGAGCACCAUUGUAAAAAGUGUGGGAGCAUCACUCCAGUGCACUCUGUCCCCACUACACCCUCGUACCAGGUCACAGGUCAAGAGUUCACCCUGAACCUGUUGAGGAAGGAACAGGGAUUUGGGUUCAGAAUGGUUGGAGGAUAUGACACUUUUGAGAAGAUUCUAAUUACGGAUAUAGUGAGACACUCGGCAGCUCACCGCGACGGCCGUUUGAAGAGGGGCGAUGAGCUGGUGGCGGUGAACAACGUGCCCGUGAACCAGAAAACACAUGAAGACGUUGUGGCCCUGAUUGGAAAGGCUGGACAGAAUGGUCAGGUGACCCUGAUGGUCAGGAGGAACAUUCAGACGGACAAGAAAGUAAAGGGAUGUAAUAAAAAGUUAUGUAAUGUAAAGCAAGUUUAUGUAAAUAAUGUGAUGUAAAGGAAUGUAAUGCAUCGCAACGUAAUGUAAAUAAUGAAAUGUAAAUAAUGUAAUGUAAAAAGGAAUGUAAUGUAAAGCAAGUUUAUGUAAAUAAUGUGAUGUAAAGGAAAGUAAUGCAACGCAACGUAAUGUAAAUAAUGAAAUGUAAAUAAUGUAAUGUAAAAAGGAAUGUAAUGUAAAGCAGUGCAAUGUAAAGGAGGUUAAAGUAAAGGAAAUUCACAUUUGAA